AUGCCCUGUUGCGGAGAUCGUGAGAAGGGAGCAACGGUGUCUCUCGAGGAGAAAUGGGAUUAUGUAAAUCUGUCCGAUUUCAAGUCAGACUCCUGUCUCUCUCCCUUCUCCUACUUCUUUCUUUGGGUGUUCUUGGUGGUCUCUCUGGCUGUCUACGGCGUCGACACCUUUACCGCGGUCAACCUGUUGGCCUUCUCUCGUUGGGCUGGACAGAUUGAACCCGCCAUUCCGUUCACCGUUUCCCGCUGGAUCUUCGCCGUCUGUAUCAUCAUCUCGUUUGUGCUGUUGGUUUUGCGCUGGCUGAAGGCGAUUCGAGCUAUUAGAUCCGGUAGCAUUGCGCAAAGCUACCUUGAUUCGCUUGCCGUGCGAAUUCAAAGUAUUCGCAUGGGCAAAGAGGGUCGCGGAUGGAAGCGAUUCCUUGUCUUUGCCGAAUUGACAAAGAGUAAAAAAGGUGCCGAAUAUGUGGCCCUGUUCGCGUAUUUUUCUUUUGAGACCUGGAUGAACACCAUCUUUGCCGACGGCCCCCGUCAAGUCGUCAAUGCGAUUACACUGUACUCGGUUAUGAAAAUGGACCUUCUGCCAGGAGGGGAGAAUGCGAGCAGUGACAGUGAUUCGCCUGCCUUCUUUCAGUUCUUCGACAACGUUAAGAUCCUUGCCGAACAUAACAACCUGCGUGCUGUCGUUCUCUUCGGCAUGCUGUUCACCCUGAUCAUCUGGGUGCUAUCUAUCUUGAAAUUAGCUCUUGCGAUCAUUCUCUACCUCAUCUUCCUCUUCCACCACAUUCCCUCGGAGGAUGGCUCGCUGAAAGCCUAUUGCCGGCGCAAGAUUAAUAGUCGGCUUACGCGCAUUGUGCGACAGAAGGUUGACAAGGCCCUAUCAAAGGGGAUCGUGUUGCAAAAUCGGGCUCCCACCCGACCGAAUCUGACCUUGGACACGAAACCUACCUUGCCAGCCGUCGGAGCCGGCGACGAUAAGGGUCCAAUUGUCACGACCAUCUCGCGUUCCACAACCCAGACCACCCUCCCCCCAUACUCGUCACGCCCUGGGACUGCUGCCCCAGACCGAAACCCUACGCUUCCGGACGUGGCCGCCUUCGACGAAAAGCCACCGCUGAGUCGGACUAUGACGCAGUCAAGUGCAUAUUCCGACGCCGCCUCGAUGUCAGGAAGCACCGCAGUAUCGGGAUACAGCCCACUUGAUCGCCAAACAACGCCAGCACCGCCCGUGCCGCCUCUCCCCAGCGAGAUCCCUAUGCCAGUUCAACGUAGCCAGACUCCGAUGUCGCGGCCGGCCUACACACCGGCCCCACCACCCCCAGUCCGCGGUCCGAGUCGCAUGACUCCUGCUAGGGGAUUCCGGGAUCCAGGCGACGAGUACGGAUCCUUUUCACCCUAUGAUCAAACACCUGCACCGUAUCAUUCAUUCAGUCCGGUCGAUGAUCCCUAUGCGCGGUCAUUUACACCUGGAUCGACUUUCUCGCCGAAUGGCCAUGGCCCUGCCCGACCAUAUCCUCCUAGCGUCGGCGCCACUCCUCGUCCACCUCCGCAGACUGGGUACCCUCCGCGGUCAUUCACACCCGCAAGUUACACUACGAAUCGACCACCACAAAGCUUCACUCCUGUGGAAGAUUUACCAAUGAGACCUUUCCAUCCUGCUGGCCCUGCUGGCCCCAGUGGGUCGCUGCAAUCUCGGGGACCGGAUGGUUAUGUUCCCUUCAAUCCCCCGGCUAGAAACUCCCCGGUAUCUGCUACCGGUACACCGGCACCAAGUGCCCCCGCCUACCCCCCUCAUGCGCCCUCAAGGGCGUUUUCGCCAUCCAGUGACUACAGCAAAGACGACACAGAUGAAGAAAGCCAGGACGAAGACCCUGCUGAGGAGCAGCGGAGGUUUGAGAAAGACAAGAAAUUGUUCUGGCAGAGCCAGAGAAAGAAGGGUGGAUUCCAGCCUAUUAGAUGCACCCCCGGGCAAAGUCAGCUUCAUGUCUUCCGCUAUCGAGGCCAUUUAAUUGGCCUCUAUCGCAAUCCUCGCCCGAGUCUCAGCAAUACUUGGCUUAUGGACGCUGAGACAAUCACCAUUUAUGCUUGGGGAAAGCAAAUUUUGAUGGAGUUGCUGGAAGAAGCGCAGGAGGCAUAUCUCAAACGCAAGGGCAAUCGAGUAGCAAUUUAUCGCGGCCUGAAGUUGCAAAAUAUGCUCCGUUGGGCCUUGAGCUCCUCAAAGCCUCCACGUCCGCUUUCAACCUUAGCUCUCGCUCCAGAUACCAAGAGCGAGAUUCUUGCUGAUAUUGAAAGCUUCCUCAGUCCAAAGAUAAAAGCCUGGUAUACGUCAUGCGGAAUACCAUACCGCCGUGGUUAUUUUUUUCACGGUCCCCCCGGAACGGGGAAGUCCAGCAUGUGUUUUGUGAUUGCUGGGCUUCUCUGUUUGGAUAUCUAUACCAUCAGCCUGAAUAGUUCCAAAGUCGACGAAGACAGUCUGUCUAAACUUUUCCAGGAGCUGCCAAGCCGCUGCAUAAUACUCCUCGAGGAUGUCGAUAACGCAGGGAUUGUUCAACCUAUCCGUGAAGUCAGCGAAAGCGACCAAGUGACGGGCUUCUCCGAGGACCGGAAUGUCGUUCAUAGUGGUGUCUCACUAUCGGCCCUUUUGAAUUGUCUUGAUGGUGUCGGAGCACAGGAGGGUCGGAUUCUCAUCAACUACUUUGGAUAUGCGGAUAAAGCCAGUGUCAAAAGUAUCUUUUCACUCGUCUAUAACCCUUUCAUCGGUGGGGGUUCUGCUGGGUUCACUUCGAGCCUUCCAGCCAAGAAGCUGGAUCGUCCGGCUAGAGCCAUGUCAAACCGGUCAAUUCGGGACCUGUCUAUCAAGUUUGCCGAGCUGGUCCCAGAUGACCAGUUCACAGCAGCUGAAAUCCAAAGUUACCUCCUAGAUUUCAAGGAUGACCCCGAUAUGGCUGUAACGGAAGCUGCUGAGUGGGUCAAAGACAAGAUGACAAUUGAUCUGCGCGGUAGUUUCCAAUAA